CGAUAAUAUUCGGGUGCUUUUUGCAACGCGACGAAAGCUCCGCACUAGUUCGCUCGACGCUCUCCGACUCGGAGCUCUCUCGUCUCGCUCGUGCAUCAUCAUUUUUGUUUCGAUAACAUGUCGUUGUUCGUCGCGUGGUGAAACGCGAGACUCGUGAAAAUCCACCGCCAUGUCGCAGGGAUCAUCGUCGUCGCAGCGGUCUCUGCUGCUGCGUCUGCUGCUGGCCUUGCUGCUGCUCUGCGGCUCCAACUGCUACUACUCGGUCAGCGGCGAGUGGGCCAGCAACAACUGGCAGAUCCUCUGCCCGGCCCUCUACCCGAAGGUCUUCACCAGCUACGCGCCUGUGGGCAAUCUGACCGGCGGCGUCUAUCGGCGCCAGCCGCGCGUCACCCAGCUGCGCGGCUGCGUGGCCACCUGCUGCCAGGACGAGCAGUGCCACGUCGCCCUCACCUACAACAAGACCUGCUACCAUCUGCAGUGCACCAGCUCGAGGAUGUGCCUGCCGCUCUAUCAUCCGGAGCUGGCCCAGUCGUCGCCGCCCAACAUGGUGCUGGUCAAGCCCGUGGAGGACGACGACGACGGAGGCGGUCGGCUCGUUACCUGGAGCGACGAAUAUAAUCGAGGCAAUCUCGAGGCGGAAGCCGCUGCCGCUGCUGCUGCUGCCGAUGAUGCGCCACUGGUGACACUCGAGGCCGACGGACUGAGCUGCGCCUUGCGCGAAGACUGCAUGGACAACGAGGUCUGCCGGAAGAGCAGCAGCAAGUCGCGCGUCGGCAUAUGCGAGUGCGAGACGGGAUACAAGAGGAAUCUCGCUGGUGUCUGCAGCUCGUUCCGCGACAUACAGGAUCUGAAUUUACCGCCCGCGGCGCCGGAUCUGAUCGAGCCGCGGCUCGAGAAAUUUUCUCGAAAGUCCUCGCCCCCAUCGUCGUCGUCGUCAUCGUCGUCGUCGUCGUCGCCCAAAAAGAAUCCAUUGUGGAUAAGGGCGCGCAACCAAGUGAUCGAACUGCCGGAGAACUCGGUGAGCCUGAAGGUGUUGACGAAGCCCGUCCAGGAGCGCGUCGAUGGCCCCUACAAGUUCGCCUGGACGCUGCUGAAAGAGCCCGCGGAAGCUCGUAACGCGGCGAGCUUGCGCGACCAGGACCAGAGGAAAGUCCAGCUGUCCAACCUCUCGGAGGGAGUGUACGAGCUCAAGGUCACGGCGAAGGGAGUGAGCGGUAGCGAGGGCGAGGCUUACGUCAACGUCACCGUUUUACCAGAACCACGAAAACGCGUGAACAAGCCUCCGGUGGCCGUCGUGAUACCGUCGUCGCAGAUCGUCAAGCUGCCCAACAACCAAGCCGUACUGGACGGCUCGAGCAGUCGCGACGACCUCGACAUCCGCUCCUACCACUGGGAACCGGUACAGACUCCCAAGGGCUACGAACAGGACAAGGAUCUGCUCGUCGACGCGCCGACUCUGCAGCUGGACAAUCUCGUGGCCGGCAAUUAUACCUUCCAAUUGACCGUGGAGGAUUCGGAUCGGGCGCGAAACUCGACCCUGGCCAACGUCACGGUGAUCGAGCGCAGGGACUAUCCGCCGAGCGCCGACGCCGGCCAGAACGUCGUGAUCCAUCUGCCCGAGAACAGCUACGUGCUCAACGGCAACAUGAGCGCGGACGACCGGGGCAUCGUCAAGUGGAGGUGGACGACGCGCGACCUCCAGAACAAGAGCCUGGUGAUGGACGGCGCCGACACGCCGUAUCCGCGCGUGUCCAAGCUCGAGCGGGGUUACUACACGUUCGUGCUGGAGGUGGAGGACGCGGCGGGCCAGGUCUCGAGCUCGGAGGUGCACGUUAGCGUGCAGCCGCCCAGGGGCCUGCCACCGGUGGCCGACGCAGGGGACGACACGAUCGUGGCCCUGCCCACGACCGAGGUCACUCUCAACGGCUCGAGAAGCCGCGACGACGCGCGGAUCGUGUCCUAUCGCUGGGAGCUGGUGGACGGGCCGACGCCGGUCAGAUUCGGCGCCGCAAACGAGUCCGUGACCCAAGUCGGAGGAUUGUCGCUGGGCGAUUACACGUUCAAGCUGACGGUGAGGGACAGCGACGGGAAUCCGGGCCAGGACAGCGUUCGCCUCAAAGUCGUUCAGAACAAGAACGUGACGUCGAGGGCGGACGCGGGUGGCAACAGGACCGUCAGCGGUCCCGUCUCGGCCCUCGUCUUCAACGGCUCGAAAUCGAGCGGCAAUCUCGGGAUCGCCCGUUGGCUCUGGUCGAGGCAGCCGCAGAGUCUGGCCGUCGGCCGCGUGAUCGAGGGCACGGACGAGUCGCCGGUGCUGAUGCUCGCGGACGUCGUGCCCGGCAGAUACGUGUUCAAGUUGACGAUCUACGACGCCCAGGGCGAGGCGAGCGAGGACACGGCCACCGUGAUCGUCGAGCCUGAUCCCGAAUCGUUGAAUCUGGUCGAGCUGGUGCUGAACGUCGACGCGCACCUCUUCACCGAGGCGCAGAAGGACGCGCUGCUCGCGAGGCUGCGACAGAUGCUGAAAACCGACGACGGCGACGACGCAACGAUCGUCGUGCGGAGCUUGCGAGCCGAGCCUCGCACCAACCGGCUGAUCCUCGUGUUCUUCGUCCGGUCGAAGACGGACAAGGGGGAGGUGGUCGUCCUGCCGGCCUCGCGGGUGGUGGACCAGCUCGAGCGCGAGCUCCGCGACGACUCGACUAAGGGCCACCGUCGCAUGCAGUUGCCGGUGGCGCGCCUCGACACCAGCAUCUGUCAAAACAAUUGCUCCGGUCACGGAACCUGCGACCAGGAGACCAGACAGUGCGUCUGCGAGGCUUUCUGGAUGCAGAACUUCAUCAAGGCGAGAGCCGGUGAUUCCAAUUGCGAUUGGAGCAUUCUGUACGCGAUAAUCGGCGGCCUCGCCGCGCUCAUCGUCGGCAGCUGCGCCGUGUGGCUGAUCGCGUGCUGCUGCAAGCGCGCCUGCCGCUGCUUAUCCUGCUGCUGCUGCUGCUGGGGAAGGAGACGAGCGCCGCCGGCCUCGCUGCUGCGUCCGCCGUCGAAGAAGAAGCCGGCCAGAUACUCGCUGCUCGCCGACGACGACGAGAACACGACCUUUUCGACGUCUCGCAAGGUGGUGCUGUCGGACUCGGACACAGACUCGGACGACGUGAUGUUCGACAAGCUCGCCAACGACAAGAGCAGCAAAUACUCCAAGUCGCGAAACGGAUUCCUGAAAAGUACGAGGCUGAAAACAUGAGAGCGCCAUCCGAUAGAGGAGCACGAAAUAGCGGAGAUAACGUAAGAGAGAA